AUGGCUUGCGAGGACAGCACAGGUUGCGAGGACAGCACGGGUUACAAGGACAGAACAGCAUCCGAGGACAGGACAGCUUCCGAGGACAGCACAGCUUCCGAGGACAACACAGCUUCCGAGGACAGCUCAGCUUGCGAGGACAGCACAGCUUGCGAGGACAGCACAGCUAGCGAAGACAGCACAGCUUGCGAGGACUGCACAGCUUGCGAGGACAGCACAGCUUGCGAGGACAGCACAGCUUGCGAGGACAGCACAGCUAGCGAGGACAGCACAGCUUGCGAGGACAGCACAGCUUGCGAGGACAGCACAGCUUGCGAGGACAGCACAGCUUGCGAGGACAGCACAGCUAGCGAAGACAGCACAGCUUGCGAGGACACUUGCGAGGACAGCACAGCUUGCGAGGACAGCACAGCUUGCGACGACAGCACAGAUUGCGAGGACAGCACAACUUGCGAGGACAGCACAGCUUGCGAGGACAGCACAGCUUGCGAGGACAGCACAGCUAGCGAGGACAGCACAGCUUGCGAGGACAGCAAGGCUUGCGAUGACAGCUCGGCCUGCGAAGACAGUACGGCUUGCAAGGACAGCACAGCUUGCGAGGACAGCACAGCUUGCGAGGACAGCACAGCUUGCGAGGACAGCACAGCUUGCGAGGACAGCACAGCUUGCGAGGACAGCACAGCUUGCGAAGACAGCACAGCUUGCGAGGUCAGAACCGCUUGCGAGGACAGCACAGCUUGCGAGGACAGGACAGCUUGCAAGGACAGCACAGCUUGCGAGGACAGCACAGCUAGCGAGGACAGCACAGCUUGCGAGGACAGCACAGCUUGCGAGGACGGCACAAUUUGCAAGGACAACACAGCUUGCGAGGACAGCACACCUUGCAAGGACAACACAGCUUGCGAGGAGAGCACACCUUGCGAGGACAGCAAAGCUUGCGAGGAGAGCACAGCUUGUGGGGACAGCACAGUUUGUGGAGACAGCACAGCUUGUGGGGACAGCACAGCUUGGGACGACAGCACAGCUUGGGAGGAAAGCAAAGCUUGCGAGGACAGCACAGCUUGCGAGGACAGCACAGCUUGCGAGGACAGCACAGCUUGCGAGGACAGCACAGCUUGCAAGGACAGCACAGCUUGCGAGGACAGCACAGCUUGCGAGGACGGCUCAACUUGA